GAGGAAGCCUGUGGCAAGCCUAACUAGCAGUAACUUUCAUUUGACUUAUAACUACAAUAUCACAGCAUAUAUCAAACUUAUAAACACCACACAUAAUCAAAUAAACAGUCUUGCUUAGUCUAGUAUAAUUAUUAAGCCCAGACGGCAAUGGAGAAUGACACAGGAGCAGAGAAUCAGAGGGGAGGAGCAGGCGAAGAGACGGAGGGGAACGAGGCGGUGAUCAAUACCUCGGGAGGAGCAGGUGAGGUCGUCCCAGAGGUCAUUGCUCCGCCCUCCGAUGUGUCCAUGCGAUUUGAGGAGUUGUCCAAACCAAUGAACGGGAAGGACGUGAGCAUGAAGCUGUUGCUUCACAGCAAGUCCACUUCCUCCAGGCUGCUGUCCAUCAACAUCAGCGUCCAGGCCAUGAGCUACAACGGAUCCUCGGCCGGGAACAUCCAGUCAGAGGUGAAGGAGGAGACCAUGCAGCCUGGGACAGAACUGUCCGUCCCCAUCCUGGUCCCGUUCUCGGCCUAUCACAAGCUCAUGGUGGAGUGUGACAGCAUGAAGGUCACAGCCAUGGUCAAUGACAAAUACAAGCCGGAGCAAGUCUACCUGGCUGAGAAUGACAUUGUGCUGACGGAUCCUCCUUUCACCUUAACAGUUUCCAGUACGACCAGACUGCAACAAGAAACCAGUGGAGUAUUGAUUUUCAAGAACCCGGCAGACGAAACGCUGACGGGAUGCACACUGACUCUGUCUGGAAGUGGAAUAUUUAAAAAGGAGGAGGACUGCAGGCUCCCGGACCUGGCACCAUAACAACAGUUCCGUAUCAACAUCUUCUUUUAUCCCUACAAGACGGGAAAGAAGACGAUCACGGCCGUCUUCGACUGCUCCACCUUCAGGGACAUCCAGACCACCUGCAAGAUCGAGGUCAAAGAGUAACGUCUCAAACAGUGACCUUUAUAAGAGAGAUAACAAACCGCUGUGAACUUCACUCAGAACCAACGAGCUUUCUCGCAGCUUUGCAUUAUCCACUUUUAUAUGAUAAAGCCUGGAGAUGGACCACUGCUUAAAAAAGAAGAACAACGAGAAAGAUGCCAAACAUACGACACAUGAACAUUUACAUGUAUCUACUUAAAUUCGUUGAUUUCUUUUAAGGUCUGACUUGGAUCCCAGCUGGUUUUUAAAGUCUGAUCCUGAAACUAGAUUCUCAUCAAAAUGUUUGAAUUUGCUUGAACAAAGUUAUUCAGUUGUUUUGUUCUUGAGGAUAAAUCUCCUGCCGGGAUCUCCAGGUAACAGCGGCCUCUGCUGGACAGACUGAAAACAAACUCUUCAUUCUCUAAAAUAGAAACCCAACAACUGCGGCUCCACGUCUCAUGAUGCGUUCAGGAACACAUGGUAUAAAAGGGUUUACACUCAGGGGUGAAGCAGGCUGUCUCCUAUCGAAGAUUUCAGGGCCCAAGUCAAGACAAAAACACAACUGCUGGUGACCAAAUAAAAUGAAUAAAUCUUCAAACGUACAAGGGACAUUCACUAUCUUGUCCUAUAUUCUAAAAUGUGAACACAAUAGGAAAGGUUCAUGUUUUUUGUGUGUUUCCAUGGUGCUUUUCCACAAGGAGUUUUUCUUUAUAUUGU